GAGUAACAUUUUGAUUCAUUCACUUAUAUAGAUAUCGAUCCAAAAAUGGACAAAACAUCAGUAAAGCUACCCAUUCAUGAGCAUCCUCUUUUUUCUUCAGCUCGAUCUAUUACCGGUGAAUGUGAUGGCUGCCAUGUAAAUGAGAUCAUGUACAGCGGCUACUUUUGCAAUGAACCUUAUUGUUAUGUUUGGUUCCAUAAGGAGUGUGCCGAGGCCCCAGGGGAGAUCAACCAUAGUUUCCACCCCCAUCCACUCCUGCUCACCCACGACUCUGGAGAUGGUCCAUGUGUUUUAUGUGGACAAAAGCUAUUGUCUCCCUGUUAUAGGUGUCCCACAUGUGAAUUAUUCAAAGUGGAUUUGGCUUGUGGGAUGAAACCAUCACCGCCUGCUAUCGAACAUCCGCCGUGCCAUGACCAUCCACUUGUCUUCUUGAAGAUACGAGAGGAGAAAGUCCCUUGUGAGUUAUGCAAGGAGUCUAUUGACGGACCAUCCUAUUCAUGUCUUGAAUGCCAUGAUGUGUACUUCCACGUGUACUGCGUCCAACUCUCAAAAGAGGUACAUCAUCCUUGUCACUCUAUUCAUCCUCUCAAGUUAAUCGCAACUGAAUCACUUACGGAUGAUGAUGCCGAGACAAAGUGUCGUUUAUGUCAAGAAAUGCCAGAAAAUGUGCUUUAUCAUUGUUCUGUCUGCAAUUUCACAUCAUGUUUUGGUUGUACCAAAACCCCACCACCCCUUAUGAUUGAGCACAUCAGAACCCACAAACAUCCACUAACUCUCUUUCUUAGGAGAACCACUUGUUUGUGUGACGUUUGUGGGGACGAAAGUGAUUUUGGUUUCUAUACAUGUCUUCAAUGUGAUUUUAUCACCGAAAGAGUAUGUAUCGACAUACCACGUGUCAUCAAUAUCAAUCGUCAUGAUCAUCGCAUCCAUUUCAAGCAUCAUCUAGGCGUAGGGUAUUCGAAAUGCGGAGUUUGUCACAAAAAUAUAAGUCAGUACAAAUGCAGUGAUUGAUCUUGCUCUGUUGUCCAUUCUACAUGUGCGGUGAGAACUGACGUAUGGGAUGGUGUAGAGUUGGAAGGGACACCUGAGAUCACAGUACAUACCGCACCAUUUAGGGUGGUGGGUGAUAACUUGAUACGUCAUUUUAGUCAUAAAAGACAUAAGUUAAAGCUCCACAAGGACCUUGUCGUUCAUGAUGAGCGCAUAUGUGAAGCAUGUAUCCAACCAGUUGGGUUUGACUCAAUUUACUGUUGUGAAAGGUGUCCUUACAUUCUCCAUGAGAAGUAUGCUAAUCUUCCUAUGAAGAAAAGGCUUGUCUUUGGCACCAUACCGUAUAUAUUAAUGAGAGGUGGUAGCCGACUUACAGACUGCAAGCUGUGUGGAAUAUUAUCUUAUGGUUUCACGUACAUCUCUCAAGACUGGUUGGAUGUAGAUGUACAUUGUGGUUCCCUUAACGAGCCACUCGUUCAUGAUGGCCAUAAACAUCCCUUGUAUUUUGAUAAAGUUGAGGAUCACUAUUGCGAUGGAUGCGGAAACGAUGUGGAUGAUUUUGUGCUUCGUUGUGAAGAAUGUGAGUUUGAUUUGUGUUUACGUUGUGCGAAGUUGCCAAAAAAGAUAUGGCACAGGAACGAUGGGCACCCUCUCACUUUAUGUUGUGACGACGACAAAGAGGAAGAGGCGAGCGGUAGUAAAUGUUGGUGCGACAUUUGUGAGAGGGAAUUAGAUCCAAGUAUAUGGUUCUACACAUGUUCUGAUUGUGGAGUCGACUUGCAUGCUCAGUGUGUAUUAGGAGAUUUCUCACGUCUCAUGCCAAGACAAAACUUCCUUUUUGGGGAAAAAGAAGUCGAGUUUGAGGUGCUUCAUAACAAUCAUAACACUCGGCCAAUUUGCAUCCAGUGUCACUCCCGAUGCAAGGUUUCUGUCAUCAUAAAGGAUUGCAAUGAAGACAAUGGGUAUAUAUGUUCCCGUUCAUGUUUAUCGAGUUAUUUGGGUGAAGAGAUUUGAACUAACGUUUGAUGAGUGGUGUGCUCGUUCUGAAAAUGCAAGAGAAGCUCAUCUAAAGUUAUCUCUCUCUGUAUCAUGUUACAAUCUCUGUUGAUUGUCAACUCUCUGAAUUUUCCUUCACCUUCACCUCAUUUGUUGGUUCUAUCGUAAGAUUUGUUUGACAUAUUUCUGCGUUUCCAUAUGCAGGUGUAAUGUUAAUGUCAUCAACAUAUCAGCCUUUGAUUUGCCGUAACUGAAUUUGUAUCCUGCGAUCA